AUGGAUUUGACUUUCAUCUCAAUUCACGGCUGGACUCCCGACGAAGUCGUCAAUCGCUCCUGCUGGGAGUUUUUCUGUGAAGAUGAGCUGCCUUUCGCAAAGGCGUUCCACAANAAGGGUGUGCAGAUGGACAAGGCCGCUGUUUUGUCGUACUGCAGAGUAAAGAACAAGGAAGGACAAUGGACUGGUGUCGAGUGUUGUUUCACUGUCGUCUACGAUGUCAUGAUCGUAUGCACGUCCAUCUACAGAAGAGGUCUGCCGAGUCAGAAAGAAGCACCAAUCAUCCGACGGCUAUUUUCAUCCUCACCACGUGAUCCUCGUUACCACAUGUUAUCACAUAUCUCGGACAAGUUCAGACGACCUGCUCCCAAGGCGAUCCACGAACCCCGAGCUGCGCUGUUUUUGAAUCGAUUUACCCGGACGUUGACCAUCAUGUACGCCACGGCGGGUCUGGAAGAAGUUAUUGGAAUUCCAGCCGAAUACAUGAGAGGCCGCAGUUUCUAUUACUGCAUUGCCGAGAACUGCCUUCAAGACGCCAUCAAGUGUCUUGAGAAUGCAAAGGCGAACGACUCUAUAGCAUACCUUCGAUUCUGGUUCAGGGACCCUCGCAUAGAUGAAGAAGUCACGACGCCCAUGGACGAGGAGAGUGACGAUGACAUGGGAGCAGAGAGCAGCGUUGAUCAAGAAGACCACAUCAGGACAUAG